AUGAAACAUAAUGUUGCUGCUCUUCAAAUUGGGGCAUCUCCUUUAGGGACUAAAGCUACAAUGGAAAAAAUUAUGAGUUAUGAAUCACGAAUCAAAGAAUUAAAUGUGCAACUAGUCGUUAUGCCAGAAGCGACCAUAGGGGGAUACCCAAAGGGCUCGACAUUUGGCACGUAUUUAGGUUAUCGUACUCAAUCGGGACGAGAAGAAUUUGCUAAAUAUCACAGAAGUGCUAUUUCGCUUCCAGGUCCUGAAACAGAAGCUUUGCUGGAUUUUAGUAAGCGGACAGGUGCUACCCUUGUUAUUGGAGUCAUAGAAAAGGAUGGAGCAACAUUAUAUUGCACUAUGAUAUACAUUGAUCCGGAGGUAGGAUAUAUUGGGAAACAUAGAAAAUUAAUGCCUACAGCUUCUGAGAGAUUGGUAUGGGGCCAGGGUGAUGGCUCUGGUCUAAUUACACCGGAUAAUAAACACCUUGGUAAACUAGGUGGCGCUAUUUGCUGGGAAAACUAUAUGCCAUUAUACCGUGCAACCAUGUAUGCCAAAGGGAUAAAUGUUUAUUGUGCCCCGACUGUGGACGACCGUGAUAUUUGGAAAUCAUUAAUGAGAACUAUCGGUACUGAAGGAAGAUUGUUUGUUAUAUCUGCAGUCCAAUUCUUACCAACCCCUGAAGAAUGUGGUUUAGAUUUGCCGGAAUGGGAAAAGGGCAAAAAUUGCAUCAAUGGCGGCUCUGUCAUCGUCAAUCCAUAUGGUGAUAUUAUUGCUGGGCCCCUUACGGGGGAAGAGGGCUUGUUGACAGCAGAGAUAGAUUUAGACAUGAUUGUGGAAGCACGAUAUGAUCUCGACGUCACAGGUCAUUACGCCCGUAAUGAUAUAUUCAAAUUAACUGUGGAUGAGAGACCAAAGGAUGGCGUUUCGUUCAUUAACUAA